AUGGUAGGCUUCGAGGUAGGCGCCGUGCCGUUCAACCCCGACGGUUGGGGUCCGCCGGAAUCUGCCUCCGCCUCGCUUUCCGUCCCCAACCACCCCUCCAACGUCCCCUUCGCCCCCUUCUCCCGCUCCGAGAAGCUAGGCCGGAUCGCCGACUGGACCCGGAACCUCAACAACCAGGCACGGCCCGGAUCCAAGCAUGGCGGAGGCUACCACCCCUCCGACUCCGCCUUCGAUUUCUCCGGCGACGACUCGUUCGCCACCCUCGCCGCCGACGAGGACGCCUCCUUCCGCCUCGUCGACACCUCGUCCAAAUCGCACCACUACAACCCCAACCGCCCCAAGUUCAACCCCCGGUGGCGGUUCAACCCCCACCACGCCCGAUCCCAGCUCCCGCAGCGCCGUGACGAGGAGGUCGAGGCCCGGAAGCGCGAGGCCGAGAAGGAACGCGCCCGCCGUGAUAGAAUGUACAACAACCGCUCCCAGAUGCCCCAGCGCCGUGAGUCGUCGGUUUUCAAGUCGUCAGUCGAUAUUCAGCCCGAGUGGAACAUGCUGGAUCAGAUCCCGUUCUCCACCUUCUCCAAGCUUUCCUUUUCCGUCCCGGAGCCUGAGGAUAUGCUGAUUUGUGGCGGGCUCGAAUUUUAUGACAGAUCUUACGAUCGGAUUACUCCGAAGAACUGCCGUCCGUUGGAACGUUUCAAGAGCCGGAAUUUCUUCCGGGUUACCACCUCCGAUGAUCCGGUUAUCAGGCGUUUGGCAAAGGAAGAUAAAGCUACAGUAUUUGCUACAGAUUCUAUUCUUUCCACACUAAUGUGCGCCCCAAGAUCGGUUUACUCAUGGGAUAUUGUGGUUGAACGUGUCGGGAAUAAGCUUUUCCUCGACAAAAGGGACGGUUCCCAGCUAGACUAUCUUUCUGUGCACGAGACUUCUCAGGAGCCCUUGCCCGACGUGAAAGAUGAUAUUAAUUCCAUUCACUCUUUGAGUGUAGAGGCUGCUUGCAUUAACCAGAACUUCUCUCAACAGGCUCUGAUUAGGGAUGGGAAUAAGGUAACUUUUGAGGAACCCAACCCGUUUGCAAACGAGGGUGAAGAUGUUGCUUCAGUUGCUUAUCGGUACAGAAGGUGGAAGUUGGAUAACGAUAUGUAUCUGGUUUCGAGGUGUGAGGUGCAGAGUGUGUUAGAUAUGAACAAUCAGAGAUCUUUCUUGACUCUAAAUGCUUUGAAUGAGUUUGAUCCUAAGUAUUCUGGUGUUGAUUGGAGGCAAAAGCUCGAGACACAGAGGGGUGCUGUUUUGGCUACUGAGUUGAAAAACAAUGCGAAUAAAUUGGCCAAAUGGACUGCUCAGGCUUUGUUGGCCGGUGCCGAUAUGAUGAAGCUUGGAUAUGUCUCAAGGGUUCACCCAAGGGAUCAUUAUAACCAUGUGAUAUUGGCUGUUGUGGGGUACAAGCCUAAGGAUUUUGCUGCACAGAUCAAUCUAAAUACUUCAAACAUGUGGGGGAUUGUGAAGAGUAUUGUGGAUCUGUGUAUGAAGUUGAAGGAGGGAAAAUAUGUGCUUGUUAAGGAUCCGUCGAAGCCACAGGUGAGGAUUUAUGAUGUUCCACCGGAUGCUUUUGCUAACGAGUACGUGGAGGAGCCGUUGCCAGAGGAGGAGCAGGUUCAGCCUCCGGUUGAUGAUGCAGAUGGCUUGGAUGCGAAUGCAGCUAAAAUCGAUGGAGAUGAUAAGGAUGUGAAAAAUGAAGCUGUUGUUUGA